GCAGGGCAGCCGCGCAGCCACGACGGAGCAGCCGCGGGAUUGGCCGCCCCGCGCCCCCUUCGCCGCCGUGCCCUUCCCUGGCGCGCUCACUCCCUUCUCGGGAUGGGAUUGUAGCGGCGGCGCGGACUCGGCGGGGGUCGCGGCGGAGGCGACGGCGGCGGCCGAGCAGGGCUCCAUGUUUUCCCCCGGCCAGGAGGAGCACUGCGCCCUCAACAAGGAGCCGGUGAAAUACGGGGAGCUGGUGGUUCUGGGGUACAAUGGUGCUUUACCUAAUGGAGACAGAGGCCGGAGGAAAAGCAGAUUUGCUCUCUACAAGCGGCCGAAGGCUAACGGAGUCAAACCCAGCACGGUCCAUGUGAUAUCCACGCCGCAGGCAUCCAAGGCUAUCAGCUGCAAAGGUCAACACAGCAUAUCGUACACUCUGUCAAGGAAUCAGACCGUGGUGGUCGAGUACACACAUGAUAAAGAUACGGAUAUGUUUCAGGUGGGCAGAUCAACAGAAAGCCCUAUUGACUUCGUCGUUACAGACACAAUUUCUGGCAGUCAGAACAACGACGAAGCGCAGAUUACACAGAGCACCAUAUCCAGGUUUGCCUGCAGGGUAGUCUGUGACAGGAACGAGCCGUACACAGCACGCAUAUUCGCAGCCGGAUUCGACUCUUCCAAAAACAUAUUUCUUGGCGAAAAGGCAGCAAAGUGGAAAAACCCCGAUGGCCACAUGGAUGGGCUCACGACCAAUGGUGUCCUGGUGAUGCAUCCGAGAGGGGGCUUCACUGAGGAGUCCCAGCCUGGGGUCUGGCGCGAGAUCUCUGUCUGUGGAGACGUGUACACCUUGCGAGAGACCAGGUCUGCGCAGCAAAGGGGAAAGCUGGUGGAAAGCGAGACCAACGUCCUGCAGGACGGCUCCCUCAUCGACCUGUGCGGGGCCACCCUGCUCUGGAGGACAGCAGAUGGCCUCUUUCACACCCCAACCCAGAAGCACAUUGAAGCCCUGCGGCAGGAGAUCAACGCUGCCCGGCCACAGUGCCCCGUGGGGCUCAACACCUUGGCCUUCCCCAGCAUCAACAGGAAAGAGGUGGUGGAGGAGAAGCAGCCCUGGGCGUACCUCAGCUGUGGCCACGUGCACGGCUACCACAACUGGGGCCAUCGGAGCGACACGGAGGCCAACGAGAGGGAGUGUCCCAUGUGCAGGACUGUGGGCCCCUACGUGCCGCUCUGGCUCGGCUGCGAGGCGGGCUUUUAUGUAGACGCGGGACCACCCACUCAUGCUUUCACCCCGUGUGGACACGUGUGCUCAGAGAAGUCUGCGAAAUAUUGGUCUCAGAUCCCGCUGCCUCACGGGACUCACGCAUUUCAUGCUGCCUGCCCUUUCUGUGCCACGCAGCUGCUUGGGGAACAGAACUGCAUCAAAUUGAUUUUCCAAGGUCCAGUUGACUGAUGCCCUUUACAGCCAUCGACGACGACUUUAUUAACAAGUUACUGUGAAGAUUUUGCCACUAACUCUAGAUUUUACCUUUUUAUAAUACCGUUCAUUAAGGGGAGGGGGGGCGUCCUGAGGCUGGGAAAAAAGAAGGGCGUGGUGAUGAAACAUGCCAGGCAUCGACGAUAACAGUGGUGUGUUGCAUGCUCAAAAUAGCAGCAUCCUCAUUGAAGUCCGCUUAAUUAAACCAUAAUAUCUUUGUAACAAUUGGAUUUAAAAUGCCAUACUUUCGUUUUAACCUUGGGGUUUUUAAAACAAGUUUUCUUUGUUAAAUUUGGACAGGACUUUAAAUCCCAUUUUAAAACUGUAGAAGAAAUUUACUCAAAAGUUGUUGGCUCUUAACUGCAAACCAGUGCUGUGUGGUAUAGGUGUUAGACAUGCCGUAUCUGGAAAUACUUGAUACAGGUUAGAAUCUGACCAGAUACCAAAGGGGCAGCUCUAUAAGAUGAUGUUGGGGGACAGGAGACCUUAGGCACAGGUGAUUGUUUUGAAAUCUGGGGCUUUUCUCUGAUUUUUCUUUUGAGGGGAGGGAAUAUGCAUAUGUUGUCAUGUUUUGUUUUGUUUUUUAACUCCAGUGGAAUUUAAUUACUUUAUACACACAUUCAUCAAAUACCUUGGCAUUUCAAACAAAGAGUUUCCCAUAACUUUUUAGUCUGCCUUUUGUUAUCUUUGGUCUGACAUGGUCUAUCCCUGAUUCUCAUCGUGCAUAGCCAGAACUGUUCGGUUGAUUAAAAUGUAGCUGCUCUUAAAAA